AUGGAGUUGAUCAUGUCUCGUGCGAAAGGUCGGGUGUACGCCACUAAGGCCGCUGCUUAUGACGAGGAAGAGCGCGACGAACCCCAGGUGAACGACGAGCUGGUAGCUAAGGCGGGUGCUCAGAAGGCGAUCGCAGAAACAUAUCGCCAGGAGAACGAGCGUAGGUCGGCUGAACUGAAGGACUGCCUCGUGCUUAUAACGCACCUUGCUAAGAAAGCCACGGAAGUUGACGCGUCGACUCUCACCUGGGAGGUGUACACCAAGAACGCUUGCAACGAGUUUCUGUUCCACCGAGAGAAGCUCAAUCUCUGUCCCGAUUCCGAAGACAUGCUGGCAUCGCUCAUAAAGCACUCGGGCCACACGCUGGACUCACCCGAAGGCUUGAAGGUGGCUGCGAUUGCGAAGUCUCAGGGCAAGCUGAGGCAUGCCUGUGUGCGCAAGGGGCAGUUCGCGCGUUCCGGGGAUCUUGCAGCUCUCGCCAGGCAGGCAUGGGUGGUGCAGCGUUGGAUCAACGCCACCCACGUUAAGCGCGAUGGAGAGUGCAUAGGCAUCGGGAAGCUGUGCAUCGUCGGAUGGACAGACAUUUCUGACGAGGAGCUCGAGGGGGAUGAGCUUGGUGACCUGUCCCCUGAUGAUGUUGUCCCCACCAGUGCUCAUCGCAGGGUUCAUGAUGAGAACCAGGUGCAGGAAGAACUGUAUUAG